AUGGAUCAAAUCGUUUCGGGAGAAGAAGAUCUUGAUGUUGACAUUGAAGGUGGUGUUGGAUUCAAGGAGACACGAGGGAUAACGUCGAAUCUUGUUUUAUCAGAGGAUGUUUCGAAUCAGCAAGUUUGGAGUGGACGUUUAAGUUUUGAUGGGUCUGAAAAGUUUGCUGAUGAUCCGACAAACCCGUUAAUGGGAGACGGGAAGCGGAGAGAAAGAAACAGUCAAAGCUUGGACCUUUCGGACAGAAAAUUCGACAAUGUCAAGUUUAAGAAGCCUCCGAGACCUCCGAAAGGUCCGUCAUUGACUGCAAAUGACCAGAAGCUGAUGAGGGAAAUCGCGGAGCUCGCUAUGAGAAAGCGUGCUAGGAUCGAGCGGAUGAAAACUCUGAGAAGAAUGAAAGCAGCAAACGCAUCGUCUCCCUGCAGUAGCAUUUUCGCCAUGAUUGUGACGGUGGUGUUCUUCGUCUUCCUUAUCUUUCAAGGGUUCUUCACAAGCAACGCAAGUUUUAAUUCAGACAAUACUCCUGCGCCAACUGUUUCAGCCAGUAACCGUAUGGUCUCUGUUCAGUUCUACAAUGAGUUUGCUCCUCGUGAUAGAAUCGAUCACAGCCCAACUACUUCUUUCAGAUCACAGCAGUGUCUUCGAAUUGAUGAUGUUUUGUGUAAAAUUUCAGGUAUAAGAGAGUUUCGGGCGCAGACGAUGAAGAAGGAAUUACCAGAUGAUGGACUGCUCUUGGGAUUCUUGUAA